AUGUUUGUUAAACCUCUCAUUCUGUUUUCACUUUGUAUUCUGAAUAUAUUGGCUUUAACAUCGGUUAAAGUACCAAAAUAUUUAGCUAUUUAUUAUGGAUGGCCAUCGUUAGUAGAGAAUAGCCAAGGUAAUGUAAUAGCAGCUAGUAAUUGGUUUGGACAAUUUGAUGUAAUCGUUUUUGGCGAUGGAAUCUGGAAGACUACACAUGGUGAUCAUGUGAAAACACAAGCGAUUGCGAAGAAUUUGACUAGUCGUGGCAAAAAAGUAUUUGGAUAUGUUGAUCUCGGUGUUAUCACACAAAACUUAAAUACAAAUCAAAUGCAACAAGCUGUUACUGGUUGGUUAGCAACGGGUGCUAAUGGUAUAUUUUGGGAUGAUGCUGGUUAUGAUUAUGGUGUGACACGGAAACGUCAGUCGGAUAUGAUUCAAUAUUGCCAUUUAAACAAGAUGAAUGUUAUUAUGAAUGCAUGGAAUCCUGAUGAUGUAUUUGCUGGAACUAAUGUUGCACUUAAUUCAAACGAUACAUAUUUACUUGAGUCUUAUUUAGUUUCUAAUGGAAACUAUCUUUCAUUAACAGAUUGGAAAAUAAAAGCUGAUAAAUGUGCUAAGUAUCAAAAACUUUCAGGUGUUAAAAUGGCAUGUUUAUCAACGCCAAACACAAAUGAUCAAUUUACACAAGCAUGGUUUGGUACAGCUAUGUAUAAUUUUGAUUAUUUUCAAGCAACUGAAAUAACAUAUAGUUCUAGUAAUAAUAAACUAGCAUUUACUCCUAAUCCAAGUUCAUCUUAUGGAAGUUUUUGGCAAAGUGAUGUAAUAUCGUCGAAUGAAACUAACAGAUCCUUUUCACGUUCGACAAAAUCAUGGAUAUUGAAGAUAGCUGGUGAUGGAGCAUCAUGGGGUUAUGGUACAUUUACUGCUAACGGAUAA